UUCAGAAUGAAGUUUGUCUAAGAAACAUCAAUAAUGUUUCUUUAUUGAAAACCUUUCCAAAGACUAGCAAUUACCUAUUUAGAAGCAUUUCUUUAUGAGAUAUGGCUUCAGGCCCGGCCCCUACUUGAAAAGUUUUCUACAUAGGUAAUUGCUAGUCUUUGGAAAAGUUUUCAUUAAAGAGACAUUGCUGAUGUUUCUUAGACAAGCUUCAUUUUGAAGUGUCAACUGGGUUUUUUAUUAUGUUUAGGUGUAAUGAUUUGUAAAGCAUGAAUGCAGAAACAGUAACAAUGUAACUUAUGUGCAUGUGUAGUGCAAGUACUGUGUGAGCUAAAAACCUAAAAACAACCAAGAGAUACUUCAAAUACCCAAUGAGCAGUAAUUGGACUGACACAUUUUUUGCUUUUGAAAGUUUAUCAAAGUAAAAAAAUGCACAUUUCCUGAAAAAUAUUCAUUUGGAAAAAGUUCUUGAUACUUUUUCAUGAUAUUUGCAUAAUUCUGCCUUUGGACAUCUUGAAACCUUUUCGUUUUUCAUUAAGCGUUGUGGUCUGGUUGAGAACAUAGUUGAAUGGGAUGGGAGCUGUCAGUUCCGUGCUCUAUCAGAUCCGUUUUAUCGGAUGCUCGAAUGUCACAUUUUUGUGAGACAACAAGUUGUUAAUCAGCUUAUGAAUCACCCAGAGGUGUAUGAUGCGUACGUACCAAUGGCUUAUGGUGGUUGUUUGAAGAGGAUGAUGGAGGAUAGAGAGUGGGGUGAUCAUGUAAUAUUGCAGGCUGUUGCUAACUUGUAUGGUGUGAAGAUUGUUGGCAUAACAUCAUACAAGGAGACCUGUUUCAUCGAGAUUCUAUCAAGGACACAAAAGUCAUAUAGAGAGGUGCACUAUAAUUCUAUUUAUGCUCAUGAAGGAGGUAUCAACCACUCAGAUCAAGGGACUUAUACUUCUGAGGAAGUCAAUUCUAGCUACUCUCCUGCAGUUGCAAGUUCUUGUGUGGGAGACUUGAAGGUGAAGAAAAAGAAGUGGUGUAAUUUCUUAAAAAAGAAACAGAGUUCAUUUGAUAAGUGCAUGUGAGACUCUCAAAAGGGGGUUGCUCCACAAAAAAAGCUCAAAAGUUGAAUCUUUUUUAGAAUUUUUCUAGUGCAGGCUUGCCAGAAGAAUGAAUAACUCUGUGUUCUGUCCACUACCCCACAGGUGUUUGUCUUGUGUGUUUUUAGAUGCCCCAAGCUAUUGACUUCGAAUCAUCACAUUUUUUGUUAGAUGAGCAACGGAGUGCAAAGCUUUCGGACUUCGGGUAACCUAUACUUGGCCCGGUCCACCCUCAAGAUGGACUAACACGUGUCUCAAUUUGUGGAAGACUCUCAAAACAUAUAUAAUUGAACUUUUUUACUUGAUUUUUACCGGGGAAAGGCAUUUUAUUGUUGUAACGAUCUGAAUCUUAAUGAUAUUAAUAUAAGCGGUUUUUCCUUUCAAAA